AUGGUUUUCUUGAAGAAGAAAUCUAUAUUGAACAACCUUCGAGCUACGUUCAAGAAAUUCAAGAAAAGCAUGGUUCGUGAAUUUGAAAUGACAAAUAUCGGUACAAAGGCAGGUGAUGUGGAUCCAACUUAUUUUAAGAGCUUAGUUGGAAGUCUUCGCUAUCUUACUUGCACCAGGCCAGACAUACUCUAUGGAGUAGUACUGAUUAGCAGAUAUAUGAAAACACCGGAUCAGUCACACCUUUAUGCAGCAAAGAGGAUCCUCCGGUACAUCAAAGGUACAAUAAAUGAUGGCUUGUUCUAUAAAUUGAUUGAUGAUUUCAGUCUUGUUGGCUACUUAGAUAGCGACUGGGGACGUGACUUGGAUGAACGAAAAAGUACUAUGAGAUUUACUUUCUUUAUGGAAGAUAGAACCUUUACAUGGUCGUCUAAGAAGCAAGCCAUUGUGACGUUAUCAACUUGUGAAGCUGAGUAUGUUGCAGCCAACUCAGCUGUAUACCAUGCAAUAUGGUUAUAG